AUGGGGUUCACAAAACCCCCUGUGCAGGCUCUGAAAGCCGCCAACAAGUUAAAACGCCAAGACCUCUACAUACAACACAAAAAGGCAUCUGGCAAAGAGCGAAGAGAAGCUCGACAUCGUCGCAGAAAGGAAGAAAAUAGGGAACCGGAACUCAAGGCCGCGCGAUUGGCCAAGAACAAAACCCUCACGUUAGAUCAAAAGCGAGUAUGGGACGAGGGCGAUGAUGACAGUCUCGGCGCCCAGGUUGACCUGGAGAAGCUGAGGCGGAGGCAAAUGGAGGAUGCUGAAGCUGAGGAACAAGCGGCCCUGGAUGCGGAAAUGAAGGAUGCUGAAGAUGAUGAGGAAAAUGACAGCAUGUUGGAUUCGGAAGAUGACGAAGAUGACGAAGCGAGACAGGCUGCGCUUGAAAAACAGCGAGAGAAGCGUGCGAAGCGAGACAAUAGUAUUGCGCCGUCGACUACGAGCACAAAUCUCGACUUGACCCCGACGUCAUUGGCUCUCAAGUUUCCGUCUUUAUUCAGCGAUAUACCUGCGCCAGAUCCCAAGGUUCUGGUUACGACCUCUCUCAACUCUACCAUUCACUACGAAGCUCAGCUGCUGGGUGCCAUGUUUCCAAACAGCACAUAUAUUCCUCGAUCUGCACAUCGCCAUGGCCACAAGUAUUCCCUACGAGAAAUUUGCAAGUUUGCAACGAACAGGGACUACACCACAGUUCUUCUCGUUAAAGAAGAUCUGAAAAAGCCCACUGGGCUGUCGGUGGUGCAUCUUCCCGCCGGCCCGACGUUUCACUUCUCAAUAUCGAAUUGGAUUGAAGGCAGGAAGCUUCCAGGUCACGGAAAUGCUACAAAUCAUUAUCCGGAACUUCUGUUAAAUAAUUUCAAGACACCGCUUGGUCUUCUCACCGCCAAGUUAUUCCAGACAUUGUUCCCACCACGCCCAGAGUUCCAGGGUCGUCAGGUGGUUACGCUUCACAAUCAGCGUGACUACAUUUUCGUCCGUAGGCAUCGUUAUGUCUUCCGUGAGAAACGUGCCACGGAGAAGAGCAUUGUUGGUGCUGAUGGGAAGGAGAUGAAGGGAGUUGAGGGCAUCCGAGCAGGCUUGCAGGAGCUGGGCCCGCGAUUUACGCUUAAGCUGAGAAGAGUUGAUAAGGGGAUUGGACGUGCUGGGAGCGAGGGCGAGGAUGCCACACAAUGGGAGUGGAAGGCGAAGAUGGAAAAGGAUCGCAAGAGGUUCAACUUGUAG